AUGGGCUCUAUGCAAGAAUUCACAAUCUACAUCGUGGACCCUUUCCACCCUGAUGCUGUUCAACUUGUCCAGAACAUUCCCUACGUUCGCGUCAUUCUUCCCGAUGACCCUCGCAAAGCAAACUGGCACGCUGAUGCCGACGGCAUCAUGAUCCGCUCUGACUCGAAACUCACCGAGGAAGACUUUGCGAAAGCCACUCGUCUUCGUGCGGUGGUUAAGCAGGGAGUUGGUGUUGACAACAUCGAUCUGGAGGGAGCAAAGAAGCACGGAAUUGCUAUACACAACACCCCCGCUCUGAACAGUGAAAGUGUUGCCGAGCUCUCCAUGGCGCUCACUCUGACUCUCAGUCGCCGAGUGGCUGAAAUCGACCGUGCAGUCCGCGGUGGUGAAACCGUUGUCCGGUCCAAGAUGCUGAGUACCAGCAUGUUCCGUAAGACGGUGGGAGUCGUGGGAAUGGGCAAUAUUGGCAAGAUCAUUGCCCAGAAAUGGAUUGGGGCAUUUGAGUGCAAUGUUGUUGCAUAUGAUCCCUACGCACCAGCCGACGCAUGGAGUGAUGUUGCCCACGUUCGUGUUUCGGAAUUAGAUGAAUUGCUAAAAGUAUCCGACGUCGUGACUCUACACGUUCCCCUCGUUAAGUCGACGCGGGGACUCAUCGGGGCCCACGCGUUGGAGAUUAUGAAGGACACUGCUAUCUUGGUCAACUGUGCCCGCGGCGGCGUUGUCGACGAAAAGGCACUGCUCGAAGGCCUCCGCAACAAGCAGAUCGGCGGGGCCGCGCUCGACGUGAUGGAAAUCGAGCCACCAACGGUGGACGUCUACGGCGAGUAUCUCAAAUACGAAAACCUCAUCAUGACUCCCCACAUCGGCGGAAGCACUAAGGAGAACCAAAGCCGAAGUGGCAUGGCAGUGGCGGAGACCUUGAUGGAUGUGUUGGAGGGGCGAGAGGCUGGAGGAAAGUUGGUUUAA